CAGUCGACGUUCGUAAAUGGCGACGCACCGAUGUCGAGUGUUCGUAGCGAAUUGGUGAAUCGUCGUACGUGAUGACGGCUCGUUACUGAACCUCGGACGGCGAUGGGCACGCAAAAGCCGGAAGAAUGGGCGAAUUUACUGAUCACGCGUUUCGAGGAACAGUUGCCGUGUCACAGUGGUCCUCAGACCACCCAUUCUCGUAUGAACGAAGAGAGGAACAAAAAAUGCCUAAUACAAAUCUCUCAAUAUCGUUUCUCUCUUGUAAUAUCCAGUCUAACAAAAAUACUUCAAGGCGUUAAUGAAAUGGUGCCAUGUAUUGGGGGUCAACGUAUAUUUCAUAGCACAGAUCAUGAUCGGCAUUGCUAUGAAUCUGUUAUUAUUAUCUUAGACACCUUGGAAAAGUGUCUUGCAAAUCAACCAAAAGACACAGUUAAAUUUGACGAGACUAUGAAUGUAAAGUUUCUGCUUAAAGAAAUUUGCCAGUUUAUAGAUAUACCAAAUGAUAUACCCCAAAAUGCUCACUUACGUAAUUUGGCAAGUAAAGUUUUGUUUGCACUGAGCUUGAACUUUUUCAAUGCUGUGUUUAAUAGAAUAUCAUCCAGGCUUCAAGAGCUAGCAAAAUGUGGUGAUGAAAAUGCUGAUUAUAGUGAUAUUGAAUUAAUUCAACAUAUUAAUGUGGAUGUUUAUAGAUUGACGAGACUUUUAAAUGAAACGAUACAAAAAUUCAAACAACUCAAAAAAUCUGCACACAUAGUUCUUAUGAACUCUUUAGAAAAAGCAAUUUGGAAUUGGAUGGAUACUUACCCUCAUGAAUUUGCUGAUCUACAAAAGAAGCCUAAUGAAGAUCUUGCAAAAGUAUGUGAAGAAUUAUUUGACAUCCUUGAUACAUUUGCAGACAAUAAAAAAGGAAGAACUGCAGCUGUUUGGCCUUUGCAAAUUAUGCUACUGAUACUUUCACCAAAAGUACUGGAGGAAAUAGUUAAUGCUGAUUUUGGUGCUCCUUGUUCACCAAAACAUUCAAAGAAAAAGCAAUUUAUUGAUAGUGUCAAACGAGGCCUAGGAAUGCAUGGCAGUUCUAGUAGACAACUAGUGGAAGCUGCCGCAGUCACUUGUAUUAAACUUUGUAAAGCAUCAACCUAUGUAAACAACCAGGAUUCGAAUAAUGUUAUCUUCAUGCUUGUUCAACAUGUAAUGAAUGAUUUAAUGGCACUACUUUUUAAUCCAGGAAAAUUAUUUUCUCGUGGUCAAAGCUACGUUGCACAAGACAUCGACCUAAUGAUAGACUGUUUUGUUAGCUGUUUUCGCAUUAAACCUCACAACAACGAAGUACUUAAAGUCUGCUUGAACCUGAAUUUUCCAUCGACGUACCAGUUUGUCUUGGUUAGCUCAUUAUACAAAAUUGUAACUCAACCAAGACUGCCAUGGUGGCCUCAAAUAGAUCUUCUGUAUUCUCGUAGUGCAGAACUUAGGAAUAUGUUUACUGAUAUUUUAAAUAAAGUCACACAGAGUUACAUAUCACACACACCAUUGCGAAUGAUUCAAAGUUUAACGCUCAAAGGUAAAGAACAAAACAAAUACAGAGAUCGUGGAGAAGAUGUAUCAAGUUACAGAAAUCUGUUGUUAUGGAUGGUGAAACUUAUUCAUGCUGAUCCUAUGCUGCUGUUGAAUAACCAAGGAAAAGCUGGCCAUGAAAUACAAAGUUCUACAUUGGAAUUAAUUAAUGGUUUAGUUUCUUUAGUUCAUCAACCAACAAUGCCAGACAUUGCUUAUGAAGCAAUGGAAGCAUUACUUGUGUUGCAUCAUCCAGAUAAAAUAAAAGCAUGGAAUCCAGAAGCACCAAUUAAUACCUUUUGGGACGUUAGUUCGCAAGUUCUCUUCUCGAUUUCUCAAAAAUUAAUUCAACAUCAGAUCGUGAAUUAUACUUGUAUAUUGAAGUGGUUGAGAGAGAUACUAAUUUGUAGAAACGCUUUUCUGGCACAAAAUAAGGAUUAUGCUAAUGUGGGUAGUCAGAUUGCAAUUUGUAAGCAAGCACAUAUUAAACUCGAGGUUGUAUUUUUCAUGUACUUGUGGAGUAUAAACAUGGAGGCUGUUCUAGUGUCAAUGUCUUGUUUUGCGUUGCUCUGUGAGGAAGCAGAAAUUCGUUGUGGUAGUGAUGAAGUAGCAGUAACUUGUUUACUUCCUAACUAUCACUUAUAUCUUGAAUUGGCGCAAGCUUCUACUGUGUUAAUCACUGGACGAGCCGCUUUGCAAAAAAGAAUUAUGGCCUUAUUAAGGAAGAUAGAACAUUGCGUAAAUGGUGUACAGCCUGCUUGGGAGGAAACAUGUAAAAAUUGGGAAGCAACUUCUGAACAGUUAGUGAAUUAUCCUAAAUCUAAAAUUGAAGAUGGUCAGAUGGAAUCAUUUCAUCGAAGUACAGCAAAGCGAAGAGCAUCACAUCAAAAUUCAGAACAUGAAUUGGAAGAGCAAAUUAAUGAGUGGGCCAACAUGACUGGAUUUCUUUGUGCAUUAGGGGGAGUAUGUUUACAGAAACGUUCCUUGAAUAGACCAUUAUCAGGAAUACCUCAAAAUACAGAUUCCAAAAAAGGUUUAAAACAAGAACCUGCGUCUUGUUUAUCAAAUCCAAGCCAGGAAGUACAACAUUGCACACAAUUUGUUUAUAGUUUGCUACGUUUGUUAAUUUGUAACAAUGAGAAGUUUGGAAGUCAAAUUCAGGAACAUGUUAAAGAAUUGGUUGGCCAUGAAAUGAGUCCAGCAUUGUAUCCUAUACUUUUUGAUCAGAUUAAAAGCAUAGUUGAAAAAUUCUUUGAUCAACAAGGACAAGUUAUAGUAACUGGUGUUAACACAAAAUUUAUCGAACACAUAAUAUUCAUAAUGAAGAAUAUCUUGGAUUCUAAGACGGAUCAACCUUCCGAGUAUCUUGGAAUGACGAGCAUAGAAGGGAUGAUGUUGGCGAUUGUCAGAUAUGUUAGACAUUUGGAUAUGACAGUCCGCUCUAUACAAAUCAAGACAAAAUUGUGUCAGCUUGUUGAAGCGAUGAUGAAACGACGAGAUGAUUUAGCCUUUCGACAAGAAAUGAAAUUCAGGAAUAAACUUGUUGAAUAUUUAACAGAUUGGGUAAUGGGUGCUACUCAUAACCGGUGAAUAAUAUUUUUAUAAAAUACAUUUAUAUAAUUAUCAUUGCUCUUUGUAUCUUUUAAGCAUGCUUACUUUAUCUAAUGUUACAGUGACUUGGAUCAGGCUUGUAUGGAAGCAGUUGGUGCAUUACUACGAGGUUUACCUCUUCAACCUGAAGAAUCUGACCGUGGUGAUUUAAUGGAAGCCAAAUCUCAACUAUUUCUUAAAUAUUUUACGCUUUUCAUGAAUCUGUUAAACCACUGCAAUGAAGCAGCUGGCGAGGAAAAAGAAAUUAUGUCCCAGCAAUCUUGUUUAAACAGUGGCAAAUUGUCUACCUUACAUAAUGCUACUAUACAAGCAAUGAGUAACCUUCUCAGCGCAAACAUUGAUAGUGGUUUAAGACAUUCGUUACGAUUGGGUUAUGACCCGGAUCUACAAACACGCGCAGCAUUCAUGGAAGUCCUCACUAAAAUUCUUCAGCAGGGAACGGAAUUUGAUACUCUAGCAGAAACUGUGUUGGCUGAUAGGUUUGAACAAUUGGUUCAACUUGUUACAAUGAUCAGCGACAAAGGAGAGUUACCUAUUGCAAUGGCUCUGGCUAAUGUAGUUACAACAAAUCAAAUGGAUGAAUUGGCAAGAGUUUUCGUGACAUUAUUUGAUGCGAAACACUUGUUAUCUCCCCUUUUAUGGAAUAUGUUUUAUCGUGAAGUGGAAGUUUCUGACUGUAUGCAAACAUUAUUUAGAGGAAACAGUCUUGGAAGCAAAAUUAUGGCAUUCUGUUUCAAAAUUUAUGGCGCAAGUUACUUACAAAAUUUAUUGGAGCCUUUAAUCACACCUUUAUUGGACGAUCCUACUACAGGUUUUGAAGUUGAUAGUGCAAGGAUAGAUGCUAAUGAAAAUAUAGAACAAAAUGGUCGCAAUUUAAUAGCAUUGACCCAAAAGGUAUUCGAUGCAAUAGUAUCAUCUGCUGAUAGUUUUCCAUCACAAUUACGAUCCAUGUGUCAUUGUUUGUACCAAGUACUCAGUAAAAGAUUUCCACAAUGUCCACAGAAUAACAUUGGAGCUGUAGGGACUGUAAUAUUCUUGCGGUUCAUCAAUCCAGCAAUUGUGUCACCUCAAGAAAUGGGUAUUGUUAAUAAAUCUGUACCCCAUCAUAUUAAAAGAGGUUUGAUGCUGAUGUCUAAAAUACUACAGAAUAUUGCAAAUCACGUGGAAUUUAGUAAAGAACAGCACAUGUUACCUUUCAAUGAUUUUCUACGAGCACAUUUUGAAAUUGGAAGGAGAUUUUUCAUACAAAUAGCAUCGGAUUGCGAAACGGUCGAUCAAGCCAACCAUCCAAUGUCGUUUGUAUCAGAUGGUAACGUUUUAGCGUUGCACAGACUGCUUUGGAACCACCAAGAAAAAAUUGGCGAUUAUCUCAGCAGCAGUAGGGACCAUAAAGCAGUAGGGAGAAGGCCUUUCGACAAAAUGGCUACGUUGUUAGCAUAUCUUGGCCCCCCAGAACAUAAACCAGUGGAUUCACAUUUGCUGUUCUCCUCCUCUUAUGCUAGGUGGUCAAACAUCGACAUGUGUUCGACCUAUUUCGAGGAAAUUAUGGUGAAACACAAUAUGCAUGAAAAUGAAGAAUUUAAAAGUAUCAAAAAUCUCAAUAUUUUUUACCAAGCAGGUACCAGCAAACAAGGAUAUCCGGUGUUCUAUUAUAUCGCCAGACGUUAUAAGAUUGGUGACACGAACGGUGAUCUGUUGAUAUACCACGUUAUUCUAACUCUAAAGCCAUUUUGUCAUUCUCCGUUUGAAUUGGUUGUCGAUUUCACCCAUACCUGUUCAGACAAUCGAUUCAGGACAGAAUUUCUACAGAAAUGGUUUUACGUGUUGCCUAAAGUUGCCUAUGAAAACAUUCAUGCGGCCUAUAUUUAUAAUUGCAACAGUUGGGUGAGAGAGUAUACCAAGUUUCAUGAUAGAAUUUUGGCACCCUUGAAAAGUAAUAGAAAGGUUGUCUUCAUUGAUGGACCUGGACGUUUGAAUGACAUGAUUGAUGUGGAUCAACAAAAAUUACCCGGAGCCACACUCUCCCUUGACGAAGACUUGAAGGUUUUUAACAGUGCUUUGAAACUUUCUCAUAAGGACACCAAGGUAUCCAUUAAAGUUGGACCAACAGCUAUACAAAUUACCUCGGCGGAGAAAUGCAAAGUAUUAUCGCAUUCCGUUCUUUUAAAUGAUGUUUAUUACGCGUCUGAGAUAGAAGAAGUUUGUUUAGUAGAUGACAAUCAAUUUACAUUGACCAUUUCGAACGAAACUGGCCCAUUAUCUUUUAUUCACAAUGACUGUGAUAGUUUGGUGCAGGCUAUAAUUCAUAUAAGAAAUCGAUGGGAAUUAUCACAGCCAGAGUCUGUGUCUGUUCAUCCAAAGCUUAGAUCUAAAGAUGUACCUGGGACACUAUUGAACAUGGCAUUGUUGAAUCUUGGUAGUUCAGAUCCAAAUUUAAGAACAGCAGCAUACAAUCAACUGUGUGCUUUGACUGCGACUUUUGAUUUGAAAAUAGAAGGACAACUGUUAGAAACAUCUGGACUUUGCAUUCCAUCGAACAAUACUAUAUUCAUUAAACAUUUAAGCGAAACUUUGGCUGCAAAUGAUCCACAUCUUACAUUGGAAUUUUUGAAAGAAUGUAUCGAAGGAUUCAAAUUGUCAAGCAUCGAAUUGAAACAUCUCUGUUUAGAAUACAUGACACCAUGGUUAAAUAAUCUCGUACGGUUUUAUAAGCCAAAUGACGAAGGCAAACGUCAAAAACAGGUUACAAAUAUUUUAGAAGAAUUAAUUACACUAACUAUUGAAGAAGUGGAAAUGUAUCCAAGCAUACAAGCAAAGAUAUGGAGCACAAUUGGAAGAUUACCUGAUUUAAUUGAUACGGUUUUAGAUAAUUUCAUUCAACGCAGCGUCAGUUUUGGACUUGGUUCCAGAAAAGUUGAAAUAAUGGCUGACACUGCUGUGGCUUUGGCUUCUGGGAAUGUUCAACUGGUUGCAAAGAAAGUGAUAGGAAGACUUUGUCGAGUUGUAGAUAAAACUUGUACAUCUCCGACACCGUUGUUAGAGCAACAUACAAGAUGGGAUGAUAUCGCUAUUUUGGCAAGAUAUUUAUUGAUGUUGUCUUUUAAUAACUGUUUAGACGUGGGAAAACAUCUGCCAUAUAUAUUUCAUACAGUAACAUUUCUAGUUUGUUCUGGAAGUCUGAGUAUGCGUGCUUCCACACAUGGUUUAGUUAUUAACAGCAUUCACUCGCUUUGCACUUGUAGUUCACCUUCUUUCUCAGAAGAUACUUAUAGAAUACUGCGAAUGAGUUUGGAUGAAUUUUCUCUUCCAAAAUUUUAUUUACUGUUUGGUAUUAGUAAAGUGAAAUCUGCUGCGGGUACAGCAUUUAGGUCUAGCUAUAAACACUCGAAUGAGAAAGGGUUCAGUAACGAGCGCAGUAUUACAGGAACACAUGAUAAAGAGAGACUUUUGUUAACCAGUUUAGAAAUUAUUACGGACGCUCUUCUUGAAAUCAUGGAAGCUUGUAUGCGAGACAUUCCAAAUUGUGAUUGGUUGAAAACCUGGACAUCUUUGGCGAAGAAUUUUGCUUUCUGUUUUAAUCCAGCACUUCAACCAAGAGCUUUAAUUGUUUUUGGAUGCAUAAGUAAAAGUAUAACGGAUCAAGAUAUGAAACAAUUAUUGAGGAUAUUGAUAAAAGCGCUUGAGAGUUUCAAUGAUAUCACUUUGCUUGAAGCAAUCAUUAUGUGCCUCACCAGAUUACAACCAUUGCUUCGACCCGAAUCUCCUAUACAUCGAUAUUUAUUUUGGAUUGCAACGUCAGUUCUCCAAUUAGAUGAAGCAUCUUUGUAUGCGUGUGGUUUAGCCUUACUUGAGCAAAAUUUACAUACUUUAGAUUCGCAAGGAACUUUUGAUGAUAAGACUUUGGAACACGUUAUGAUAACUACGCGUGAACCUUUAGAAUGGCAUUUCAAACAAUUAGAUCAAGCUGUAGGACUUUCGUUUAAAUCAAAUUUUCAUUUUGCACUGGUCGGUCAUCUUUUAAAAGGAUACAGACAUCCUACACCAACUACUGUUACAAGAACAGCUAGAGUAUUGACCAUGUUGUUAGGUAUUGUGGCUAAACCAUUUAGAAGAGAUAAAUUUGAAGUAACACCAGAAAGCGUGGCCUAUUUAUCUGCAUUGGUAUCUGUAUCUGAAGAAGUGAGAAGUCGAUGCCAUAUUAGACAUGCAGCUACCAAGAAUGCAGAAUCUGGAAGUACAGACUGCCUUGACAUUUUGCUUCCACAUAAUGCAGAUACAACUAGUUCAGCAUCCAGUAAUCCUACUAAUCGCAGACAAAAGUCUUGGGAUCUAUUAGAUCAGUCUGCACUCACUCAAGCUAGACAACAGAAACAAUAUUCAACUCAUCAGACUGGACGGAUUUUAUUUAAAACGCAGCGAUCAUUUUCUGUACCAACUACGAAGGAAACGAAACCAACCGAAGAAACAGAAUCAAAGAAUCGAAGCGCCAGAGUAAGCGUGAGCAAUGAAAAUAAUAUAUUGCUCGAUCCGGAAGUAUUGACCGAUUUUUCGACUCAGAGUUUGGUUUUGACUGUUCUGGUAACUUUAGUCAAGAAUUCAACCGAUGAAAAUGAACAACGCAUUCUUUAUGAAUACCUUGCAGAAGCUUCCGUAGUAUUUCCAAAAGUUUUUCCAGUAAUCCACAAUUUGCUUGAUGCAAAAAUUAACAGUGUAUUAUCCUCCUGUCAUGAUCAAGGUAUACUGAAUUCAGUACAAGCAAUUAUACAGAACAUAAUUGCCUGUGAGGACACGAGUCAACAACAAUUACAUUAUUUGCAAAGCUGUGGAUUUGGUGGAUUAUGGAGAUUUGCAGGCCCGUACACAAACUCUAAUUGUACAGCUGAAAGUGCUCAGUUAUUUGUAAAUUGCCUAAAAGCCAUGGUAGAAACAUGUUUACCAAUUGAUGAAUUCGAAGGAUCGAGUAGCAAUGAAAUUUCAAAUGAGAGAUGUAAACGAAACGAUGUUCAUCAACAAGAAGUUACAACAAGGAAUAAAACUUCUGUAUACGGAACUGAUCGAACAAAUGCUUUUACAGAAAAGAAAGAUGAUGCCCAACGAAGUACUGCUUCUUUCGCUUACAGAGAUAAUUUUAGUCGCAGUAUUGAUAGCAGAGGAGAUGUUUCGCUGAAUUCUAUGAGCCAAGGAGAAAACACUAGCAGUAGUAAUAGUUUGCAACCUUAGCGAUUAGCAUGUGAACAUAAGAAACAGUGUGGUAAACAUGGGCGAAAAGGACAAGUUGGUCGGAAAUUGCAUCGGCAACUAAGGAACGCAAACAUUUUGGCUCCGUGUUAUUGCUGCAACAUGUCGAAUCAGUUUAAUCCAAUGCCGUCCACCUCACGUUAAUGAACCCACUGGAAUGGAAGCCAACAGAGAACCCUUCGUUGGUUGAUACUUACUUUGUUUUUUUAACAGUAUACAUCAACGCUUACGUAUCAUUUUUGAAUUUGCGUUCAAUACAAUGACUAAUUAUGAAUUUGUGAAUUUAUGCAGCAAGGCGUUGUAGAAUGAGGCACAAAGGCUUUUAUUGAACCAGUGUUAUUUCGUACGGAUAAUGUUUAUAGAGCAUGAGAUUGUUUGAAUCGUUUAAAUAAUUUUUAUAGUUGAUCAAUGCAACUAUAUAUAGUUCCAAUGACUGGAACUGAAUAUUUAUCUAAAUGUUUUUAUCUCUUUACAACUAAAUAUUUUUGUAUCAUAGAAAAACUCUGUUUCUAUCUCUGAAGAAAUUUAAUAUAGUCUCAUGUUGUUAGAGUAAAAUGAUUGUAUGCAUAGUUUAUCAAGGAAAUUUAAUUUCGUGUACAACUGUAAAGGGUUAAACGAAUUUUAUUUUUUGUUAAUACAUAGUAGAAGAAAUGGUAUUUUAUGACAAUUGCUAAGUUCCGCUUAGAAUUGAUUAUGAUAAGAAGACGAUCUGAAAGGAACGACAUAGUUGUUACGUUAUAAAGAAAGUUGAACAGAAAAAAAGAUGCGUUUAAUGGAAAUCUGCUGCAGGCAUCAGUAAGAUGGAUCGCCGUUAAAGAAGUUCCAUCGAAAUGGUAUUGAGUGUUCACCACGCCUAUGUAAAUAAAUAUAAGAGUUUUCUACGUGCAUAGAGACCUAAUAUCUCAAAAGAAGAAUCUAUUCAUGAGAUUAACAGCGAAUAUUUUAUGUUAUUAGAUACUACAAGGGAAUCUCGAAUUGACUAGAAUAGAAUUCUAGAUCAACGCAGAAUCUUUUCAAGAACAGUAUAUCAUUGUACGAAAAGAAAAAAACUUUUAUUCCAUUUCAUAUUUAUUUUUUGAGUGCAAUUGUAUUUUAUUUAAAAAAAAAAAAAACAAAGCGAAGCAUAUACACGAUAUGCGAUUUUUCCAAAAGAAAAAAAAAUCGCGUUUACUUUUGAUAGAAUUUCGAGGGAGUCAGGAACUCAUCUCUCGAACAUCAUAGUAUAGAUCAAUGAUGGGCAUUUGCAGCUGUAAGAGCGCAAUGCACGGACAUGCAAGGAGCGAACAUUCUCGAACACCGAUAAGUACGGUAGACUCUCGUUAUAUUGCCAUAUAUAGAAUUCUGGAAGAUAGAGUUACAGAAAGAAGUCCUUCUAUGUAGUGCUUGAAAAUUGUUAAAUUCCUAAAUUUGAAUAUUUGUAAUUUUGAUAAUUUCAAAAUUUGAAUCCGUAUACCGUGGAAGUGAAAUGUCACUAAUAUGUGUGAAAGUUCAUGAAAAGAAUAAUUUACUUAACCGAUGAUAUAACCAGAGUCUAUUAUAAUAGCUCGCUGUAUUUGUCUGGUUGAUCAGAAGUGGGAAGAUUCAAUGUUCUCUUUCUUGUACAUGUCUCUGCAUGACCGUGCCGUGAGCUCUUCGGUGGGCACUCGAUUUACCCAUCACUGGUAUAGAUUCAACCCCUUGCGCUUGCCUAUUAUUUACUCAUGCAUUAACACUAGAUGUCAAUAUAUUUUUAUAUUGUUAAACGUUUACUAAAUUUUUAGUGAUGGACUUUUAAUCGAAUGUUUCUCGUUUGAUGAACAUAUAAUAAUUUAUGAUAUUUAGUCGGACUAUUGAUGGUAAUAUAUAUAUAUGAAAAUAAUAACUGUGUGUAUUAUAGGUCUCAGAGUAAAAAACAAUAAGUGUCAAGGGGUUGAUAAUGGCGCUCUGGACCAGCAUGCGUUCGAUGCAUCGAAGCUUCCUUUAGUCUUGGGAUGCUCGAGCAGCCGAACGGUCAUUUCUAGAGUUCUCUAAAAAUAAAACACCAAUGAUUAUAUUGUCUACCACUUAUUAAAGUACAAAGCGAGACCACAUGUUAUUUUCCCCCCCUUAAGUGUAUAACGACACCGAGGGACACUUUAUUAGUAAUUAGGAAGAAAACCAACUAUUAGUGGCACGAUACACGAGUGUUGGUUUUCUUUUCUUUUCUUUGUCGAACGAUGGCUAAGAAUAUAUUAAAUAUACGUAUAGUAGAUUUAACGCAGCAAUAGAAUACUUGUAACGAACUCGAUGAAGCGUUUGUACAUAGUAUUAUAUAUAUAUAUAUAUAUUAUAUGCAGGUCGUUUCGCAAAUUGUCAGAUAAUGGCUAAUGAAAAAUUCACUAAAGGUGCUGAUUAAAAGACACAGACACACAAUUGAACGUUAUAUGUAUCAUUUUAAAGUUGACAUUGUUUUAAUAGUUUUAUUACACAAGCACAAAUUUAAAGGUGCCGAAUUUUCUCUUAGUGAUUAUUGUAAAGCUUACAAAAUACUGUGUGUAGAGUAUUUCAUACAGUAUAUUAUAAAUUCAGGAAAUAAUAACUUAAAUUAAAAAUUAUACUUGCCAUGUUUUCAUAGACUAUUGAUUAUUAAUGGGCCUAUUAAUAAUUGUAAUAUUAAUAUUUUUUUAUAUCUUAUUUGAUAAAGAGUAACAUUUCAGUUAAUACUAUCCAAUAUCUGUUUAUGACUUUACGUCAAAGGAUUAACCCUUUGCCAUUCAAAUUUUCUGUAUAAUGUUAAUAUUUUUUUCUUGUUCGUAACUUUAUGUCAAAAGAUUUAAUUAACUGUUUAUAACUCAAAUCUUAUAUGUUUGAGAAACUAAACAAUAAAUUUGUUUCAUCAUUCUUUAGUUUGCCUAACACGAUACAUAUAAAGCAAAGAAGCAAGUUUUGAAUUUAAGACAGAAAUUUUAUUGCCCGAUAGACGAAUAAAUAUGUAGAGGGUUAAAUAUUUAACGUGAAGAAAAGGACUAUAUUUUCAAUUAGUAACUGCAAAGAUAUAUGAAGGGUUAACAAGCAUAGAGUUAAAUAUUCUAACAAAACAUAUGUAUUUUAAUGUAUUGUUAAUUAACAAAUUGAUACUCAAUAGUCCAUUGAAAACAUUUCACAUCCGGUUUAUUUGUUAAGAUAUAAAGGGCGCAUGCUGUGUAAGUAUACCAUAUCUUAUGAAACACUCUGUAUAUACAUAUAAAUACACUAUAUAAAUAUUUGUAUAGCACUUGCACAUUUUGAAGAUUUAUAAUUUUAUGAAGACGAGAUUGUUUUAAACUGAUCGAAUAAGAAUGAUAUAUGUUAUUAUUAGGCAAAACGUUUUAUAUAGAUUCGAGUGUCCAUGUCGGAUGUUGAUUUAAAAAUAUAAUAUACAAUCUUUUAAAUGCUUGUACUUAGAUAUUUUUGAAGUAUCUGAAAUCGAACUACGCUACGAGGAAAAGAGAAAAAAAGUUGUUAAAUCUAGUUAAAUGUUUAAGUGUUAUAUCUGUUUCGUGCAGCAAUCGCGAAUAUAAAAACCACCAGUCUCUUCAACAGAAAUAAAAAAUGUUUCUUGAUGUUUUCGUAUUUACCAAGAUUCAAAUCAUCGAGUUCCUUAUGAAAGCUCAGAAAAAUAACGAAUUAAAAUUAUGCUAUAAUAAACUAUAAUUUACAACGGAUCAUGAACAAAACAAUA